GGCGGGCUCAAACCGCGCGGCGCCACGCCCCGUGUCGCGCGGCUCUCGCGAGACGGUGGCGGGGCGGGCGCACGUGCCGCGCGGUGUGUGAGGGGACCCGCCGCCGCCGGAGGAGCAGGAGCAGCCGCCACCGCCGCGGCCUGAGGGGCCUCCCGGGCUUGUGACAUGGCCACAGAUGUAGCUGAGCCUGUGGUCCCUGACUGCAGAGGAGACGUAAGGAGCGGUGCCAGGUCAGAUGCCGACUAUCCUCUUCGGGUUCUCUACUGUGGAGUCUGUUCAUUGCCAACAGAGUACUGCGAAUACAUGCCUGAUGUGACUAAAUGCAGACAAUGGUUAGAAAAGAAUUUUCCAGAUGAGUUUGCAAAACUUACAGUAGAAAAUUCACCUAAACAGGAAGCUGGGGUUGGAGAAGGCCAAGGAACUGCGGGAGAAGAAGAAGAGAAGAAGAAACAAAAGAGAGGGGGAAGAGGUCAGAUAAAACAGAAAAAGAAGACUGUACCACAGAAAGUUACAAUAGCUAAAAUUCCUAGAGCAAAGAAAAAAUAUGUCACGAGAGUAUGUGGCCUUGCAACAUUUGAAAUUGAUCUUAAAGAAGCACAAAGGUUUUUCGCUCAGAAAUUUUCCUGCGGUGCCUCAGUAACAGGAGAAGACGAGAUCAUCAUUCAGGGGGAUUUUACAGAUGACAUUAUCGAUGUAAUCCAGGAGAAAUGGCCUGAGGUGGAUGAUGAUAGCAUUGAAGAUCUUGGAGAAGUCAAGAAGUGAUAGUGAAAGACUACCUUUAUUUAAUUAUAUGGUUAUAAAUGAUGUAGCCAAAGUGGGGCUUCUAAAUCCGUUUGCUCUGCAGUGAAACUGUGGAGAACCCAUAUCCUUGGCAUUUUCACUGUUCUGUAUAGGCUGCUUGGUUUGUUUUUUUUUGUUGUGAUAUUUGCCAAAGUUAAAUUGGGGUUCUAUCAUGCUUAUGCAUGAAGUAGAUUUAAAUAAAAUUACUGUUCUUCACUGAA